GCUGCACGAACUCGAAGACACACACAACACUCAGUGGUAUUUCGGUGUCGGGCUACUGGUGGCGCCUUUAGUCAAACGGGCUCCUUGGAUACGUUGACAUCGUGACGUCGGACACAAAAUAGCAUUUUCUGGGACGCUAGCAUACCGAGCGCGCUGGUGAAUGUGUUGCUAUAUUUAUUGCCUGCAUUCAAUAAAUAACAAUAAAAGGCCUAUUAAAAGGAGCGCAAAGAAAAUGAAAGAUUUAUCGCGGAGCUUUAGAACCGAAAAAAUAUAUCUUCAGAGUUCGUGAACAAAGUGUGGUCGUGUGUAUGUGUGUGUGUCCGAAUAUCCCAGUGGCAUAGUAAUACCGAGCGAAUCUGUGCCUUUCUACGGUUUUGUUUUUUGAAACACUGUUACCACAAAGCACAGAUGCUGUUGACACGUAUCAAGGCCGACGUGAGUGCUGUUUUAGCGAAUGCGGUGUGCGCGGGUUCGUGACGGCUUGACACUAUUUGCAAAUUGCACGCUGAAGCGAAAAAAGACCCACUUGUCUCCGCCGUUUUGAUAAAAAUCUAUAGUAACCAGCUAGAUGGAUACGUCCAUAUGUCUGUUUGAGUGUAAGUAGGUGCGUGUGCCUGUGUGUGGGUCGAUCGCAAGUGCAGAUGUAAUUGUGCGGAAUCGUAUAAAUGCUAAACGUUUUGCCCAUCGACGGGAAGAGAGGGAGAGCUAACGACCUCAAAUGUCACGGUUUGUGAACGAAGUGAACAAAUAGUGUUGGUGCGAAACGAAAGUGAAUCCAACAGUUUUAACUUGUGAUUAUCACUCAAGUAGUGGAUAAAACACAUCAAAGUGUCGGUCGCCCAGCUUCAGUAGUUCGGAGUCUGUUCUGCUCAGUGAUUUAUUUUUGUUUUUUAUCAUUUGCCUACCAAACUCAAACCGAAUCAAUCAAAUGUGAAGGUUGUGUGCAGAGUCGUGACACCAAAAGUCAUGUCAAAUUGUAAGAUAACAUACGAAUACAUAAUUUACUCACAUAAAUACACAAUUUGUUACGCAAAUAUUAUCACAGUGAUAUAAAAAAAAAAACUGUGAAAAUAUUUUUCUGUUUAUAUUUGAAUAUCUGGAGCAUACUUUGUGAGCUAGCACGAUGCUACCAUGAUUACGCCGAAGAAGAAGACGACGACGAUGCCAACCUCAAAAACAACGACAACACAGUGAUAAUAAUAAUAACAGUGAUGACAAUGAUGAAGAUGAUGAUGAUGUCGGUGGUAGUGAUGGCAAUGAUGAUGAUGGUGAUAAAGUGUUUAUACUGCCAAUGUUACGAAAAUAAUAGCUACAAAAACAACGACAACGUACCCAAAGAAAAAUAUUCGAGUUGAUUAUUUGCAAAACGAAAUCGAUGAUAAAUUGCCGAAGAGCAUACCACGACAAAAAAGAAGGAAAAUUAACAGUGAUAAAAUUCAGUGUGAAAGUGAAAAUCUACUCUGCAUUGCCAAGUGGCUUAACUGUCUGUCUCUCUGUCUGUCCAACUGUGUGACUGAUGACCCUACAGUCACCCACCCACCCGCUGCGUUCGAAAACCGUCGUGCAUGCUGUGAAGAAUAGAAGAAAAGAGGAUUUUCUAACUGGAACUGGAGCUACAACAAUAACACCAAAUUGAAUUGUACGAUGGAAAUAAAGCAGCUAUAAUCAUUAUUCAAACCAACCCGAAUGGAACACUGAAAUGAGAACUGGAAAAGAAUAAAAUAAAAUGAAUUAAAUGUGGCAGAAGCAGCAACAACACAAUAAUAACAAUAACAAAGGCCAACGAGAGCAUGAAUAAAAAAUACAGAAAUAACAAAGACAAGAAUUGCCAUUAAAGCAUUUAACUUCGGAACAAUUGUGAAGAAACCCACCAUCAACAGAAGCAAACUUGCAACAAUCACUAGCAACAGCAAGAAUAACAGCAACAGUAGACAAGAGCAGCAGCAGCAACAACAACAACAGCAAACUCACAAAUUAAACAAUACAAACAGCCAAAGAAAGGACUUUGUACAUCUGAAAGACUACAGCAUAAAUUCAAGUAUUAAGAACGGCAACAAGCAACAACAUCAACGUCACGUCAACAAAAAAAAAACAAUACAACUACAAGAACAACAAGAACAAAAGGCACCAGAAGCUGAAGAAUUAACGAUUCCUUACAAACAACCGUUACAAGAGCUGUGGCAGUUAGCCGCCAUACUUGCCUUCGCCGCCCGUGCAAGAUGGCGACGCUUCCACACUACCCCGGUCCAGAUCUGCGGCAUUGGCUGCAUCACAACUGGCGUCAGAUGUUCUGCGCUUGGUUAACAUUCUGGGUGUUCUUCAUGUGUACGCUGAGUCCCGUCUUACCAGAAGUUAUUUACCGUGUGGAUCCUUUGGCUCUGUUGGCAGCAACUCUGAGAACAUAUCAGAGGGCCGGCUGUGAUUCUGAACAACUGUCGCUCAGUUGUCCGCGUGGUACCAGUAUAUCCAUUGAAUUGGCCCAGUAUGGUCGAGCAGGAGAUUUAAGUGACCACAGCCUAUGCCCACCACUAUCCCAAGAAGAUCUAACAACCACUGGUAGCAAUUCGGGAGAUGGAAGUACUGGUCUCAUUGGCGCUGGUAGCAGCACUGGCGUUAUUCAUAGCGGGACCCAAAUCGAAGUAAAGCCUCCGGAGUCGUGUACAGUAAGCGGAUUACAGUACGCUCUGCUGCAAACGGUUGUCGACGCCUGCCAGAAGAAACGUCAUUGUAAAUUUUCUGCAAACUCUAAACCUUUGGCCAGCGGGGAUCCUUGUGCCGGUAUACGGAAAUUUGUUGAGAUAGCAUAUAAAUGCCGACCAUACGAGUUUCGAUCCAAAGUGGCAUGUGAAAACGACAAUAUGCCACUUGUGUGUAAUCCCUACUCCAGAAUAGCCAUCUAUAGCGCCUCGUUUGGCUACAUAGAGCGUGAAAGUGUACAAUGUCCGCACAACAGCAGCAGCAGCAGCCCACAGUCGUCCCAGACGCAGACUACGCCGGAUACGACUGGUAAACAGACUUGCCUGGUGUCUUAUGCCACGGAGACGGUUAUGCAAAUUUGCCACGGACGACGUCGUUGUUCAGUGACAGCGGAUGCUGGUACAUUCGGAAGACCAUGCAAAAAUGAUAUACCGAUGCAUUUGAAAGUCGUUUACACUUGCAUACCACGAAAAGUACUCAAGGAUCGUUAUGAAACUGCACCUGAACCCGACGAACCACAACAAAGUGAACUUGAUUUGGACCAAGACGAGCUCUACGACGAGGAUCAGUUCUAUAAGGAGGGUGAAGCCAUACCACCGGCGCCUAAGCUGCAGGGUGCAAUACCAAAUGCUGCAUAUCCGUUCGAUUUUAAUAUGCGUUCAAGCGAGCCCACCACAACGUUGAUGCCCUCAAUUCUGUCACAUAACGACAACACACUGGAAGACGUCAACUCCAAGAAUGAUUACGGGGACUCAUCGACAAUAAAUGAAAAUGACUUAUUUCGCAAACUGUCGAAAUACUUCAACAAAAACAAUUUAGAUGCAGACGACGACGACGAUGAUGAUGUCGAUGAAGAAACGACCAGCACAAUAGCAGUGCAAACGACAUUACCAACCGAUGAUGGCAAUGAUGAGACGUCGCCAUCGCCGAAUUACAUAUACCGCAGACGCUGUCAAAUGAAAGAUGAUUGGGGCCCAAUCGGCUUAAAUUGUACCGCAGAUGAUGUGGAAAUUGAACGUGUUCCUGUCAUUGGAUUCAUUGUGAAUUGGAUAAGAGCGUACAUUCACAUAAAACAAAACCAGGAGCAAUUUUAUCUGUAUUUAAUCAUAUCUGUCGCUGCCGGCAUGCUGCUUUGCCUGACACUUGUAAUUGGCCGUUUGACCCUGCAGCGAAGGCGUUCGUGCCGCAAAAGCAGCCUUUCCAGUAGCACGAACAACGAGAAGAAUCUCAGUGAUAAACUUGGAAAUAGCGGUGGCGGAGGAGGCGGCAGUGGCGAUAACGCAAAAUACCAGCACGAAACCACACGUGAGACGCAACUGAAUAGCUCUUUCGGCGACGAUAUCUCCGACAUAGAUGCCGACAUUGAUUUAACCAGUCCGAUGCCUGCGCCUAGUAUCUCCAACCGAAACGAGUCCUACAUGACAUAUGCUCCAAUCCCGAACUGUGCUUACGGCUCUUUGGGUGACCACUCAUCGACAAAUUAUGGAACAGCUACCACAAUGUUGAUGCCAUCGACAUCUCAGCAUAAUAGCUUAAUGAUGCCCGGGGGACAUGGUGGCAUUGGCAAGUCAUCGGGUUGUCCGACAGUGCUGGGCAGCAGACAAACAACGCCUCCACCACCGUCUUCAGCAGCGCUCUAUACCAGUAUGGGUGUGUGUUCGCCCUCCGUUAGUGGGACUAUGGCAAUGGGUGCCCAUGUACUGACACCACCAAUUCUGAGCAAUACAACAAAUCAAAAUAUGUCUGGACCAUCGUAUCUAAGCGGAACCAUUAUGGUACCAGGUCACCACCACUCACACACCGGCACUUUGCGUAGAAGCAUGAUACCUACCAGUAUGGGUAUGAUGGGAACGCCAUCGCCUCCGCUAGUUGGAGGUAAUUCAAUGCCACCAUCCAUGGUUGGUGUACCGACGUCUUCUAGUGUUUAUUAUGAUACCACAAUUCCACGACAUAUAAGCCGAGGAAUGUCAGCCGACAACAAUACUCAGUACUUUUAUGGAUGACACUCAUUGAAUCGAAAAGCCUCUCUGCCCAUUGCAAUUGCCGUUCGACCUUCACAAAUGAACUUAAAUAUGAUGCCAUUAACAGCUACCAUGGGUUCGAUGGCAGGCUCUCCGUCUACAAUACCUUGUCCGGGAAGAGGUGGUCCAAACUUGACAAGCGUGGCAACGCCAUCAUCACUUAAAGGCACGGCCAUACCCGAGAUUCCAUCAAUUACAGUCACAUCCACGACAUCAACUUCAAAGCCACAAUAUAAUCCCGUUACCGGUUCACCAGUGCGUCAGUCUGGACCCUCUGAAAGUCCUCAAACUGCAUCAGUUUCAAUAUCCGACGCCACCAAAACUCUCCCAAAUACAGAUCGAAGUAAUUGCUUCUAGACAAACAACCUCCAAAAUUAUCAACGGAAUGGAAAUAAUCUGCAAAAGUUGACCCCAUAACUGUACAUAAUCUUCUUAGGGGUUCACUUGUGCGGGUUAGCCAACCAACAAGAGUCGAUGAAACAGCCAUGUGAGACUUGUUCGCAAACAAAGUUAGUGACUUUAUACAUAACAACAUACUUAUAGGAAUUAAAGGUUUUACAAAGACAUCCAACUUCCAACAAAGACAUCCAAAGCAAAAAAGAGACCCACUCCAUUACAAAUCUAAUUAUACGAGUAGUUUUUACCAUUAUUAUUAAUUAUAUAAAUGCUAUUAAAUUUAUUAUAAAUAUUAUUAGAUUGUAUUGCCACUUGUCAGGUUCUGAAGACCAUUUGUACCAUAGAAGUAGUAUGUAGGUAUCCAUCCAACCCAAAGUCAGGAUAAAUCGGAUAAAUCACAAUUGUAGAUAUUUCAUUGCGACAGAAACCGACAGCAGCCAACAACAACUACUGGAUAUUGCACUGGAAGAAGGACUUAAACUCCGAUCUAGUUUCAUCUAAUUAACAUUAAACUCACCGCUCACCGAAUCUGUUAUGCGAGUUUCACCCUCUUUCAUCUGCCACAUUUACCUCAGGAGCUGAUAGGAGAUUAAAUGAAUUCAUUGUUAUUUAGUUUUCCAUUCAUGUUUCAGAAUUCACAGACAUUUUGCAUGCUAUUUUUAAGUAUACAAACAUAUACAUACACACAAACAUCUUCGUACAUACACAUAUAUUAUUAUAUUUUAUUUUUGCCUUUGCGUAUGAAAUGCGAUAAAAAUGUAUUUAAUUAAUGACAUGAACCCCUACAGAGGCUCUAGUAUAUUUAAGUCAAGUUAAAAUGUAUUCAUAAGAUUCUAGCCAAAAUGGAAAUGAUGUGCGAUAUAAGUUCAGAAGCAAUGCUACUGCUACCCACACAUGCACACACCCUUCUGCUGGUAGUGCGCAUGGAGAUCGUUCAGUGUGUGUGUGUUUGCGUGCGUGUGUGUGUGUGAGCGCGGCAUUCAGGCCAAAAGUUAGAAAGUAAUUGCCAAAAAUUAUUAUUAAUAUACAUUUAGCCAAAUAAAUAUUUGUUAAUAAUAAAAGCUAUAUCUAAGUUACCCUCAUUCAAGUAAAGUUUACAAAUCCACACAAGCAAUUCUAAAUCUAUGUGUCAUAAACAAACAUACGUACAAACAUACCCAGUUAAUAGUACCAUUAAAAGAAAGGCAACAAAUAUAGGUCGGCAGCUAGCGCUUUCCAGGACAAAUUUUGAAAAACCAUAGCCUAGCACCGAACCGAACGUCGUAGGACGAUGCGCUUUCAAAUAACAUUGCGAUUGUGGAGUGACAACCGACGAGGUAGUUUUAAACAAGUUUUUUCAUAACUUAAUUGAGAAAAAUGGAUGUUCUCCUUCCCGGAACCCGUCUCCAUUAUAAAAUGUAAGAACCUGCGACAAAAAAAAAAAAAUAAAUAAUAAAUGUGAGACUCAAUGUGUUUAGCCAAAGAUUGUAAUAACAUAACAUGCUCUGAAUUUACAAUAUCUAUAUAUAUAAAAGAAAGUUGUGUUAGUUACUACGCUUAUAACUUAAGAACCGCUGGACUGAUUUUAACAAUUCACACAAAUUAGGAGUUGUCUCCUCUCCGAAAAGGAUAAUAUCCAAAAAAAUCGCGUAAAAAUGUGAUAUAUUAACAUUUUCAUUUUGACUUUUGAAAUGUACAAUAGUAAUGUUUUAUUUUGCAUAAUUUUUUUCCAUUUUGACUUACUUUUUUCUAAUGUACAUUUGUAGUGUUUUUUAUAUUUUAUUUUUGAAUUCAAAUAUAAAUAUUUUAUUUAUUUAA